GGAUGGAUGCGAUCCGCGGAGCAGCUCCUGUUUCUUGAUGUCGUCUCACCUUCCACCCUGAAGACGCAGCUCAUUUCCUCCCCUUCAACGCAGCAGCAGCAGCUGAUGGUGGCUCUGCUCUCCUCUCAUCGCAUUUAAACAUUUUUAUUUUUUCAGAGUCAGAGCCUGUUUGCAUCUGCAUCUUCGUCAUCAUCAUCAUCAUCUUCUGCAGCCAUGUCAGACUCUGAGGACAUCACGGAGUUCGGCGUCAUCGUGGAGCGGAUCGAGCGGGGCGAGGUCCCCAUCAAGAACAUCGAGCGGGAACUGAUCUGCCCGAUAUGRAAGGAGCUCUUCACCCACCCUCUGAUCCUGCCCUGCCAGCACAGCGUCUGUCACAAAUGUGUCAAAGAGCUGCUGAUGCUGAACCACGACGACUCGUUCGACGCCGGUUCGGAGUGCUCCAUGCCCGGCAGCCCCAGGUCCAGGGUGCCGUCCCCGUCCUUGGAGAGACUGGACAGGCUUGUGAGAUCAGGUUCGAUCUCCUCUCCGGGAUGGCGCAGGGGGUCGGUGACUCCCCGCAUCACCACCAUCCCGUGCCCAGGCUGCCAGCACGACAUCGACUUGGGCGAACGUGGCAUCAGCAUGUUGUUCCGCAACUUCACCCUGGAAAAUAUAGUGGAGCGCUACAGGCAGGCCGCCCGCGCCGCCGUCGCCAUCAUGUGCAACAUCUGUAAACCUCCACAGCAGCAGGAGGCGACGAAGAGCUGCAUGGACUGUAAGGCUAGCUACUGCAARGAGUGCUUCAAGCUGCACCACCCAUGGGGCACCCCCAAAGCUCAGCAUGAAUAUGUGGGACCCACCACAAACUUUAGACCCAAGGUGCUCAUGUGUCCGGAGCACGAGAUGGAGAAGGUGAACAUGUACUGUGAAGUCUGCAGACGACCCGUGUGUCACUUGUGCAAGCUGGGGGGGUCCCACGCCAACCACAAAGUCACUUCUAUGAGCAGUGCUUACAAGAUCCUGAAGGAGAAGCUGGCCAAGAGUAUCCAUUACCUCAUCAGCAAAGAAGACCAGGUCAGGACUCAGAUUACUGAGAUCGAACGGCUCAUCAAUCAGACCGAGGAAAAUGGGCAGCUAGCGGAGCGUCAGGCCAACGAGCACUUUGAGCGUCUGUUUGAGACUCUUCYAGAAAGAAAAUCAGAGAUGCUGAGAUCCAUUGAGCAGUCUCGUAACAGACGCCUGGAUCAUCUGAAAAGCCAGGUGGAGGAGUACCAGGGUAUGCUGGAGAACAGCGGGCUGGUUGGCUAUGCCCAGGAGGUGCUGAAAGAGACCGAUCAGUCCUGCUUUGUACAAACAGCAAAGCAGCUUCACGUCAGAAUCCAGAAAGCCACAGACUCUCUGAAGACCUUCCAUCCUGCAGCAGACCCCUGCUUUGAUGAGUUUGUGCUCGACACUUCCAAAGAAGAAACGCUGCUUAAAGAAAUGUGCUUUGGAGGAGUUCCUGAUCCCCCGCUGAUUGACUUGUCCCUCAGCAAAGUCUAUAACGAAGCAUCAAUCUGCUGGAGGCUGUCUGAUGACCACCUGCCUACUGACCACCACGUGCUUGAGUACCGCAAGCUUGGCAGCCCGAGCCAGUCCCCGGCCCAGGAGGACGGUGAGGACAGCAGUGUCUGGAAGGCCACAGACAGAGUUUAUGGGUCCAGCACUGUAGUGCAAGAACUGGAGCCAAACAGUCUGUAUGUCUUCAGAGUGCAAAGCUGCAGGAACUCCAUGUGCAGCCCCUACAGCCCCGAGGUCACCUUCCACACCCCACCUGCACCAGCUUUUGGCUUCCUGUUCAGUGACAAGUGUGGGUUCAGUACGGAGCGUCUGGUUCUGAACAAUCGACGGGAUGCUGUGGAGAGCGUGGCAGGCAUGGCCUUCCUCCUGGCAGCAGAGCGUGUGCAGACGGGCAGCUACGUUGGUCUGGAUUACAUCAUUGGAGACACCGGCAUCUCUCAGGGACGACACUACUGGGCCUUUAAGGUGGAACCGUACUCGUAUGUGGUUAAAGUGGGAGUGGCAUCUGACACCAAGCUGCUUGAAUGGUUUCACAAUCCAAGAGAUACCAGCAGCCCGAGCAGGUAUGACCAUGACAGCGGACACGACAGUGGCAGCGAGGACGCGUGCUACGAGCUCUCCCAGCCCUUCACCCUCCUCACCCUGGGCAUGGGCAAACUCUUCAUCCCCAAGGCGUCUUCCUCCUCCUCAGUUUCCAGCGCGAACGCAUCGUCUGGUGACCCGGGAAACCGCAUGCUGCCCAUGCCGCAGCGCAUUGGCGUGUGCCUGGACUACGACGCCCAGCGGGUGUAUUUCUACGACGCCGACACCAUGAGGUGCCUUUACGAGAGGCAGGUGGACUGUUCGGGAACCAUGUAUCCGGCUUUUGGCCUCAUGGGCAGCGGGAAGGUUCAGCUGGAGGAGUUCAUCACUGCUAAAAAACUGACUUUCUGAGGAGGAAUGGAAGGUGUGGAUGCUUUAAGAUCUGAUUAAUCCUUGGAGCGUUURUGUUUUCCUGACAGGGUGAAGUUGAAUCUAAACAGAUUUUAAAAGAUGGUUAUGAGGGCCUUUUUUUUGUUGUUGUUAAGACGACGUGUGUAGUGUAACAUGUCCACAUACAGAGGUCUUCAGAGGUUGGUGUAGAUCUAAACCAGCAUCUCUGCAUACCAAAGUCUCUGUUUUGGACCUGCUUUUAAUUGGCWGCUGGGAUCAGCUGUUGAAUCGGCUGCACAGCUCGCAGUCACUUUAAAUCUUUUUAACAUAACCCACCCUCUACAUUUAACACUCCCUCUCUUGUCARGUUUAUUAUUAUUACUAUAAAUUUAUUAUUUUGUAAAUAUGUUUGGUUCUUUAACGUUUAAAGGUAGUAGCACAGGUUUAGAUGUAAUGUUAAUGAGGGAGAGGUGGUUAGAGCUACCUUUAAAGCUAGCACCUUUGUGCCUUUUUAUUUUCCUCAUGGAAAUGGAUCAYUGAGUUACUGACAUUCAUUAUGAUUUUGUAUUUACUGUUUUACACUUGACUGUAUCAUUGAAAACACUAAUUAUCAUUAUUUCCACAGUUAAAGUAAGUUUUGCACAGUAACUUCACUAAUCACUACCUUGCGUUUUUUUUACGUAAAUGUUACAAAAAGUAGCCUGCACGUUGCUGUUUUACAUUCAUGCACACAGGGUUCCACUUUUUUUUUGCUUUUAAAAACUAAAAUGCUGGAUUUAAAAGCCUCUUCACUUUUAGAACUGCACACUGUAACGUUCAGCAUCACAGACUUGUCCAACUUUAAGAGCACGAUGUUUGUUUUCACAGCUGCAACACUAACCGUCGAAGCUCAUUCACUCUGGUGCUACUUUUAGUGCAACACAAACAGUUCCGUGGCCUCACCGCCUUUUUAACAGCUCGAGUUCUUUCAGGUUCUAAAAAGUGCUUUCACCAAACAGCACCACUGCUGUCUAAACCGAUGUUUUAAUUGCAGUUAAGUGUAACAAGUGAACACACGUAGAGACGUCGUCGGGUGGGGAAAUGGGCACACUGGAUUAAUUUUUUUUUUGUUAGUUUUGACCACACUUUUUGUACAAAGAUGUAGUUUAUUUGUGCCUGCACUAGGGUUUGUUUGUUCAUUUUAUGUAUAUUUUGAUUUCUGGAGGGUUAGGGUAAUAGUUGCGUUUUCUCAGGUUUCUGGCUCAGUUUCGGGCCUAAUACUUCUACCUCUAUCAGUCAGUCCUGGAAAACCUUAAACACUGUCCCUCUCCUGAUAGAAACAGUMGAUUUUUGAUUUAAAGUUUUGCUUUUUUUUAAGAAUUAUUUUUCUGCUUUUUUUCAUUACAUAAUAAAGUUUUUAAAACCCUAUGACUUUUAGAUUUCCUGUAUAUAUUUUGAGUGAAAUAAAUCAUAAUGGUUUGUGUAGUUAGUGGGRGUUUGUGGAUUACUAUUGAUGGGGAAAUGGCUGUAAGCUGAUGUUGCUCUAUUCAGCUGCCUUUGUCGAAGAAAAUUUUCAAACGUGGUAAACUUCUCUUCCUGUCGUUUCUGACAAUAGUUUAAUAUUGUUUUGUUAAAAAGUACAACUUAAAAUGGCUUUUUACUUUUCCCAUGAUCAAUAUUUUUCUCCACUUUGAAAGUGAAGUGUUUGACUACUGUGACGGUGUACAUAUUUAGUCCUUCAACUGUUCAUCUAGUUUCACUCCAGUCCUCGCAGACCUUGAAUCCUGUCUAAAAAUGACUUUCAGACGUCUAUGCAUUUAAGAAUUGGCUGUCAGGGUUCAGUUUUAUUCCCACACAGAAUGUAUUUCUGAUAACGGCAGAGCAAAUGACUGUUCUUUUUCUAUUUUUUGUGUGUGUUGGGGGGAGUCGAUGCAUUUGCAUGUAAAUGUAGGAAAAAAUGUAUAACUAGACACUAAAGUAUAUCUUCUGUCCUGCUUUGCAGUCUUGAAUUUGGUACGAAGUAAUGCACAGACUGACUCUUCAUCUAAUCUUAAGCUAGCACUUUAGAAAUCUGUAGCAUGUCUGCAAAUGUUUAGCUCUGCAGGUGUGUUUUAAUCAUUGUGUGUGCAAUACUAUAAACACUGUAGGAAUGAAGAGCGAACACAAGCCUUUAAUGACAAUUUGCACUGUUAACAGGCUUUUUCUGGUUUUAAAUUAGCAUUUUUCCAGCUGUUUGGGAGUGUUAAACAAUUGGUAUGCUUUAAUCUAAAUUGGCCACUCAUUUGUCCUUGUGUGCUUUCUGCUGAGGAUUUGGUGUGAUGUGUUAACUGGUGGAUUUCUGUGUAACGAUGUGAAAAUGGUAUUCUGUUCUCUGGGUCCAGCAAUGGCUGCAUAUCUAUCUCUUUUUAUUUUCUUUGUUGUGCAGGAUCUUCACCAAAUAAAACUUUUCCAAAUGA